ACCACACCUUUUCUUGAGGACUAUUUAUUGUGGUAACGGAUCAAACCAAACUCAGUUGUAUCCAGCUAAUCCCAAAAUGCAUCUCCUGACUCUCUUCUUUGGGACUGUGCUUCUCCAUAAAGCCUACACUCUACAAUGUUACGAGUGUACAAUGGGAAGCUCAGGAACCUGCACAGACUCACAAAAAGAAUGUCCGGCACAGUGUGCAGCGAUGAGAGUCAUUUCAUAUGCAGGUGGUAUAAAAGUUGUUGAUGCCCACAUGAAAAGUUGUGCUGCGGCUGAAGAGUGUGGUGAGGCCUCGAUCAACUUCGGAGUUGCCAAAACCGUUAUCAGCAGCAAGUGUUGCAACUCCAAUCUCUGCAACACCCAACCUGCCCCUGAGCCCAGCCGGUCCAGUCCCAAUGGUAAGAAGUGCUUCCAAUGCGACGGACAAACGUGCACCGCAACUGUAAACUGCGGGGGGAACGAGGACCACUGCAUCUCAGCUACAGUGAAUGUGGGAAAUACAAAGAGCACCUUGAAGGGCUGUGCCUCCAAGAUGGUGUGCUCAAGUAUGGCAGCUGCAGAGAUUAAAGAAACCAUUGGAGGAGACUUUAGCUGCUGCCAGGGUGACUACUGCAACAGCGCCAGCAGCACAACUGCUGGCCUCCUGCUCCUGGUGACACCACUGAUCUCUCUGGUCAUGUUCUCUUAACUGGUGGAGACGGCAGCAUUGCAGCUUAGUUUUUCUUCUUAUCUCCACAUAGCCUCACUGUGCUCACACCCCUUUCCUUAUCCUUUCAACCAAUGAGUGAGAAAGUAGAAUGUUUUCAAGUUAAGUAUAAAAAUAUAAUUUGUGUGUUGCCUCAUACAAUGUUUAACUGGCCUAUUUCCUUUUUUUGCAUGUUGCUAUUUUUGAAAAUUGGAAUGUUUAGACAUAUUUUGAUGUUAAUGAUAAAAAGAAA